GUGUGUUCCUGUGUGACGCGAGAAUGGGGCUGAAGUCCAGUGCUGAUAGGCCCUGUGUAGUCUGUAGAUAUGUGAGUCUCUGUGGACUCUGAGAUUCAAGUUGGCAGCCCGGAUUUCUCAUUUUCUGUCAUUCACGGUGAAGUGUUAGCUUUAUAUCUGUUGCAGGUUACACAGAUACAAGGCAAGUCACGAUACACGUAAAGGAUGAAACAGUUGGGCAGCAGGAUGUUGGCUUUUCUGAGUCUGCUCAUUUCGACUGGAGCCCUAGCUGUGCAGCCUCAUGCUAAAAACAUCCAUCUGCUUUCUCCAGAAGAGCAAAAAUUCAUCCUAAAUUUUGGACAUAAAGAGAUCCCCAGGGACUGUCAUGACCUGUGGGAGAGUUCUGGAGCUCAGGCACGGGAUGGCGUCUACUUGAUCAAACCUGCAGAUACACCCAUUGUAGCCUAUUGUGCCAUGCAGGAAGGCGGCUGGACUGUCAUCCAGCACAUCACGGUCAACAGCAGUGUAGAUUUUGACCGUUCUUGGGAGGACUACAAGUUAGGCUUUGGAAGCCUCACUGACAACCACUGGCUUGGCAACGACUACAUCCACCAACUCACCAGUGGACCUGGGCACUAUAAACUUGGCAUCAAGCUGGUGGAUAAAGACGCAAAGACCAAGACGGGCGAGUAUGAUCCAGUACUGGUGGAGGAUGAGGAUGCCCAGUACCGCCUACGUCUAGGCCUGUAUCAAGGCACAGCCGUGGACGCGCUCACCAUGGACCCAGAAAACUACCUCCACGACAACCAGAAGUUCACCACCAAGGACCGGGACAAUGACAACUACUUCCAGAACUGUGCCAAGCUGGAGUUCCAGGGAGUGGCCGGAGGGGGCUGGUGGUACGACGCCUGUGCCGGGGCCAACCUGAACCGCCGCAACGUCAUCUACUGGCAAAAGGACUGCAACAAAGAACAUUUGUGUAAAUACGCGUGGAUGAUGGUGAAGCCUUCAGACAUGGUCAAAGUCAUCCGUCCAGCAGACUGCAAAAGAGACGAGCUCUGAUCUCGUUACACUCUUAUAGAUAAGCUUUAAGGUUUUAGGCGGGGUUGAUCUUGGGGAACGUGAUGAUAAAUUGUUUCUUGAUCAUCUGAUAAAGAAUAAGACAAUGGAAAGAGACUGAGAAAAUUUAGAUGUAAAAUCAAUGAUUAAAAGAUCAGUCACAGGUUUUUUAUUAAAGGACGCACAAAAUGUUGUGAA